CUCCCAGUCCUUCGUUCUUUCUCCGGGGCAUCCUCCCUAUGACUCUCUUGAGUCUUUUUUCCUCUCCUCCUUGACCCCACCCUCCACCUCCUGCCAACCGGGCUCCCUGUUCCUGUCUUCUGCUUCCUCGUUCCCGCCUGUCCGGCCCCCUGGCCCCUUCCACCUCCCGUCGGCAACCUUCCCUCGCAGGUGCGCCCGACACUCCGGCGCUCCGCUGUGCGCUUGCGCUCUGCCCCCGCCAGAGCCGGGCCAGCCGCCGGAGAAGCUUCUGCGCCGCCGGUGCAGUUUGCGCGGGAUCCGAGCUCCUGGCCGACGCUCGCGCCAGGCUGGGACAGGUGGCUGCGCUCACCCACAAGGCCGCCCUUCUGCCCGCGAUGGGCUGCUCCAGCAGCGCCCUCAACAAGGCCGGCGACGGCAACAGGCUCCGCAGCGAAGAAAGUGAGUCCUGUUUUGCCCAACCCAAACCACAUACUCCGGGAAAAGAAUCAUCUACUCUUUACGGCAAGGUACAAAAGGAAAGUCCUCCUCCAUUAGAGAAGCUCAAGAUUUCAGCAGCGUCUACAGCUAAUGGUGUUAAAUCCCUCUGGGAACAGCCCCUGGCAGAUGAUACUACAGACCCACCAGGACCUACAGAAGACGCUCAGCCUUUAGAAGGACCCAGGGAAUCUGAGCCACUUCAGCCACAUGUCAAAGAUGAUACUCCCGGAGCAGGAGAGAAGAAUGACAUGGAAGCAGUGACAGAGGCUCAGUCUUUAAAAGGAAAUGCUGAGACUGAAUCUGUAGGAAGAGAUACCAAGUAUCAGCCGUCGAGGAUCACAGGAGAGAGGGACUCUCCUGGAGCAGUGGAAGGUACUGAGAAUCCACAAACUGCCAGAGAGAUGAAACCUCUAGGAACAGCGGAGAAAGUUCCUCCUCUGGAAGCAGCUAGAGAGCCACAACCUCAAGAAGCAAUGGGAAAGGGUGAACAGACCCAGCUCCCAAAAACAGUUCCCAAGGAGAAUGAAUCUCCAGAAGGAUUGGAAGGGGGUCAGUUUGUGGAAAUGGCUGGAGAGCAGAAACUUCAAGAAACAUUGGGAAAAGAUGAGCAAUCCCAACUUCUAGAAACAAUUCCCAAAGAGAGUGAAUCUCCAGAAACAUUGGAAGGAAGCCAGUUUGUGGAGACAGCUGGAGAGCGGCAACUUCAAGAAACAGUGAUAAAAGAUGAACAAUCCCAACUUCUAGAAACAAUUCCCAAAGAGAAUGAAACACCAGAAGUAUUGGAGGAAAGUCAGUUUGUGGAAACAGCUGUAAACAAUGAUUUGCUCCAUAAAACUCCUGACGGUCUAGGAAACAUGGAACAGAUUCAACCUGAAGGAAUAGUUGGAAGCACGGAGCAUCCAGUGGGAAUUCUAGAAACAGGAGCUAAUAUGGAAACGGUCAGGAAAAUUCACACUAAUGAAGAGGACCAACACAUUGAAGGUGAGACAGGAGAAAAAGUUGAAACAGAGAUGGAGGAUGAGAAAGUAAGUGAAGGGACUGGAACAAAAGAAGAAGAAACAGGGGAAGCUGUGGACCUUUCAGCAGCCAUGUAGAUGGAUGUGGUAGCAGAAGGAUGAAUAGGCACAGGUGUUGUGAUAGAAAAUGUAGUGAAGUGUGUGACUUCGGAUCUGAUUGUGUCUAUAAAUGUCUAUGUGUUUUAUACAAGGAGUAUGGUUAUCAUGUUCUUGAUUACAUUGUUCCAUAAAACUGCUAAGCUGUAAACAGUUUUCUCAGGCACUUAGAAUAGUUAUACAUUUAGAACUACAGUAGCCACGGCCAGUAAGGACUGGGGUAUAGGAUCACUGAAGAGUGUGAGGGUAUUUUCUUCAUUGUGGCAACACAUCCAUUCGGUUCAGAAAAUGACAUCCUAAAAAGAAAGUAUAAACCUUAGGUGUAGGUGGCUGGAGAAAGGAGUUAAAUUUUAGGGAGCAUAUGAUAAUCAAGUAACACAGUUAUAAUUACAACGGGAUAAGAAUGAACAACAACAUCAGGGCAAAAUAUAUCUAGUGGGUUUUUCUUUUUUAUUUCGUUUUUUUUUUUUUUUUUUUUUUUUUUUUUUUUUUUUUUUUUUUUUUUCCUGUUGCAGAAUUUAAAGCUGGUAGGAACUUACUCACCUUAAGUCUGUCUACUACCAUAGACUCUUAUUUAUGUCAAAGGAGUGCAGUCUCUGGUGCUGUUGCAAGAUCAGGCAUUUCCACACUGAAAGGCUACACGUUUUUCCAGGUGCCAUUUUAAAUCAGUUGUUGAUUUUACACUUAUGUGAAGGGUUUCAUUGGUGUUAUCCUUUUAACUGACAUUAAAGGCGUUUGAAACUUAUUGACUUUUAAACGUAUUUCAGAGACAACAGACAGCAAGAAUUAAAACCUAGAUUUGCUGCCUAUGUGGAAUUUAUUCCCUGGGUCCUGUUUUGUUUUGUUUUUCAGAUUGCUGUGGCUUAAUGUUAGGCUUUAGAGGUAGAAAGGAGCUAAGAAAUCAAGAUUUAGAAACCAUUUAUAAUAUUGCAUUAAUGUUAAAAUGAUGCACCAUUGAAAGUUACUUUUCACGAAUUCUUCCUAAGUUGCCAAGGGAUUUUGGUAAAAGAUUAUACAUGAAUAUAGUAAUGACAAUAGCAAUCUUGUCUACCAUUGAGGACCUGUUUAUGUUUAUGUAUAUCAGGAUAGAAUUAUAUUCUGGAAACAUUUUCUUUCCUUUUCUUAUUUGUAAAUGUGUAUUUUUAAGAUAACUGCUCAGAUGAAUUAACUAGACUCUGUUAUUUUUAAUUUUUUUUAAAUUUAGUUAACAUAUCAUGCAAUAUUGGUUUCAGGUUUAGAAUUCAGUGAUUCAUCACUUACAUACAGCACCCAGUGCUCAUCACAAGUGACCUACUUACUACCCAUCACCCACAGCCCAUCUGCCACCCACCUCCCUCCAUCAACCCUCAGUUUGUUCUCUGUUGUUAAGGUCUCUUGUGGUUUGUUUCCCUCUCUUCUUUCUCACCACCCCCCCACCGUUCAUCUGUUUUGUUUCUUAAAUUUCACAUAUGGGUGGAAUCAUAUGGCAUUUGUCUUUCUUGGAUUUGACUUAUUUCACUUAGCAAAAUAUAUUCUAGCUCCAUCCACAUCAUUGCAAAUGGCAAGAUUUCAUUCUUUUUGACGGCCGAGUAAUAUUCCAUUGUAUAUAAAUAAUCUCUUCUUUAUCCAUUCAUCAGUAGACUCUUUUACUUUGGCUUUUAUAUUAAAAUGACUACUAAGAUGACUUGUAAUUAAUUUCAAGAAUAUAGCAUACAGGGAAGAAUUAUCUUUAUUCUGAUUUUAAUAUUAGUUUAUGUUUCUGACUUUAGAGUUGAAGUAGACAACAAGAGGGGGUACUUGAGUAGAUGAUGUCCCCCUUUCUGCAAAGUAGCUCGAUUGUGAUUUUAUUGAGACCAAGGACUGUUUUGUGUAUCUUUGAUUCAGGCAUUUAUCUCCUUUCAUGGAACAUUAUAGGCACUUGAUAAAUAUUUGUCAAAUCAAUACAUGAAUAAUAAAUACCCAUUUAUGUUUAAUUCAUUAGAAAAGAAUAUAUUUAAGAUAUCAAUUUGUGUAGCACUAACAUUUUCUUGAGGGCUGCUCAAACUCAGCAAUGUGCUAUAUAUUUGGUGUAGUUUUCUGAAAACAGCAAAAUUUUGAGGUCAGGAAGUGUAUAAAUCAGAACUGAUGUAACAUCUCUCAAGCUGACUUUUAUAAUCCAAAGGUGUUUUUCCUGACCAAAAGGUAUUUUUAUACAGAUAUCUAGUAAGUAGAGAAUGACAGAGCUCAGUGUAAAAUAUAUCUGAUCACCUUAAAAGGUGGAAUUGUACUUUGUAUCAAGUACUAAAAUAGUAAGAUUCAUUUACUUAAUAGACAUAAAGGUCCAUUCUCCGUUGUGUGAAUUUUUUUUUUAAUCAUUAACAUGUGUUAAAGAGACCUAUUCAGAACUGAUUCUUGAGAGAACUCGUUCUCAAAGGCAUUAUUAUAUAGUUGUAAUAUAAAAGUUUUCAAAUUGUUUAUUAAUCCUACUUUUUCCACGAAUUACUAAAAUAAUUUAUUCUUAGAAAAUUUUGGAAAUUUGUAUAAAUUUCUGGUGCUUUUUAUACUUUUGUCUUUCGCCUUUAGUGUGGUUAUUAAGACAUUUUUAGAAACCGUUCUCAUUCUCUUAGAUAAUAUUAGUAAAUUUUUAUUCAAAACCUAUAAAGAAAAUUAAAAUGUUCCAUAAUAUUUGAAUAUUC